CUAACUGCCAAUAGAUCUAGUUAACCUAGAGUAGGCUAAAUUUUUAUAAAACCAACUCAAAUAAUCAAACUUGUCAAAGGUGUUCUUCUUCAAUACGUGUGUAAGAUGGAGUUCGAUUCAGUGUUGUUGUAUACAGCUUUAGGGGUAGGGAUAUUAACCCUUUGUAAUAUGCUAAAGCAUGUAAAUGGGUUAUUUUAUACUAUCAAAUUUUGUUCAAGCAAAUAUCACUUGCCUCCAGGUGACAUGGGCUGGCCAUUCAUAGGCAACAUGAUUCUUUUCAUGAAAAGUUUCAAAACUUAUGGCAAUCCUGGCUCAUUUGUAUCUUACUUUGUUACUAAGUUUGGACCAGUGGGGAUGUACAAGGCAUACUUGUUCGGGUCACCAAGUAUCAUUGUGACAACACCAGAAGUAUGUAAGAAAAUCUUUAUGGAUGAUGAUAAUUUCGAUAGAGGGAAAUCGAACUCAGCUUCUAGUACAGCUUCAAACCAAGAAGACAAGCGUCUACGUAGAAUAACAACAGUUCAUAUAAGGACUCAUGGAUCGUUGUCCUUCUACUUUGAUCGUAUAAAUGAAAUCGUGAAGAAUUCACUUGAGAAAUUUGCUGCCAAGGAAGAAGCAAUCUAUGUAUUCCCGGAGUUGAAAAAGCCUGCAUUUGAGGUGCUUAUGCUAAUUCUUAUAGGUGGCUAUGAGACUUCACAAAAACUUCUUGAUGUUGUGUUCGAGGAGACUGCUAUAUUGAUUCGGGGUUUUCAUGGAAUGCCAAUUAAUAUCCCUGGAUUUGCUUACAACAGGGCAAUGAAGGCUCAAGGAGUAAUAACACAGAUGUUUAAGAUGAUAUUAGAUGAAAGAAAAUUGAUGAUCGCAGAAAAUAAAGUAAGGCCAGUGUCCAACAUGUUGGAUAUGAUGUUAGAUGCCCAAGAUAUUGAUGGAGGAAAAGGAUUAAGUGAUGACACAAUUGUUGGAUUGCUACUCCAGUAUACAUUUGCUGGUUAUGAAUCUGUUGCUAAGGUUGCCUCAAAGACAAUUAUGCAUUUGGAAAAACAUCCUGACAUCUUGCACAAAGCAAAAGAGGAACAAGAGGAAAUAGUUAGGAGAAGACCAUCUUCAAGUGCAGGUCUUAAUUUCGACGAAAUUAGACAGAUGAAGUAUCUUAGUAAGGUACUUGAUGAAACAUUGCGUGUUAACAGCCUCAUACCAAUCUUUAGAGUGGCAAAAACAACUGUUAACUUAAAUGGCUACACCAUACCCAAAGGGUGGAAGUUCUUGACAUUCUUGUGGAGUUUUAAUAUGGAUCCUAAUACUUAUGACAAUCCUAUGGAAUUUAAUCCUUCAAGAUGGGAUGAUAUGGAAACCAAGCCAGCCUCCUAUUUUCCAUUUGGAGUAGGCCCUAAAAUGUGCCCUGGAUCCAAUGUGGCCAGGCUUUCACUUUCAGUAAUUCUUCAUUACUUUCUACUCAGCUACAGGUUUGAGCAGGCUGAUCCAGAUCAGAGCAAAACUAAGCCUCUUGAUAAUUGUAUUGGAAAAUUCAAGAAGCUUUCAGCAUAAUAUGAAUGGCAACUUCAGCUUUAAUUUUCCAUUACUCCUUUGCCAUGCUAAUGUGAAUCUUAAAUUGGCCUUUUUCAUAGAAAUUAGUUAUAUGUAAUCUUGAAAAUGACGAGCUUGAAUUUGUAACGUGAACCGAUUUUAUCAAUAAUGAAGUUGCAGUCUAGUGGUCCUUUUGUGCCUACUUCUUCAUCAA